AUGGCAUUCCCUAAUGGCACCGGGUACGCCGAUUCGGAUGCCGACGACGAGUACGAAAGGAGCGUCAUGACAUCUCCCACCGCCCUCCAUACCGAUUCCGAGACCUCUUCAGAACUGCCGUCCAACGAGCAUACGCCCACGACAUUCGAUCCUCCUGCUGAUGAUCGAGGUUUACCAAGAUCAAUAAUAACAGAAUGGACACCGGAGGAAUGUGCUCAAUUUGUGGCAUCACUGAAUUUACGACAAUAUUGCGAUGCUUUUAUAGAACACGGCAUCGUGGGCGAAGCGCUUGUUGCGCUCAAACACGAUGAGCUAAAAGAGAUGGGUAUAGCUAGUGUGGGCCAUCGCUUGACCAUCCUCAAGCAGGUCUACGAACUCAAAAUUGAGCAAGAUGUCACUGUCGAGCCGGACGACUACGUGCCGUUAUCGGCGGAGGCAAAUCCUCGAUUCGAGAUGGCCACUAAAGAAGAUAUCGCUCGAAUAGCCCGCUCUAUCAUCAAACUCCGAGAUGAUAGGAUCACUCAAACAGAAGCGCAGCUCACCCGCCUCGCCGACGACUAUCGCAAGUUACGGCAGGAAAUGCUACCCUUGUUCAAACAAGCAAAAGAGCGCUCUGAGCCUCUACCAUACGCCCCGCACAUGCCACAAGUCGCGCCUAGCCCCGAAUUACACCAGACCGAGAUCUCUCCUCCAGUAAUGACCGCAUCCCAGCCAGAAAAAACGAGCCUUACACGAACAUUUUCGAAAAAGCUGGGACUAGGCUCGACACCAAAGAGCCAUUCGCCUACGCAUGUACCCAGCACGAUUCACGAAGACAAGCAGUCCAAUGGCCUCAAUCCCUCCGCUGCUGCCACAGCAGCGUCGAAUUCCCUAACCGCCGGUAUGUCUGGCGGUUCUUAUCCAGCUUCCUCACCUGGAAUUCCAUCGCCUACAUCGCCUAUGCCUCCAUACCAACCACUCGCGCCACGCUCGUAUCAGCGGGACGGCGCAGCAUCCGCCACGCCCUUUCACGACGACAGCUCUCGAGCCUAUACCGCACCACCGUAUGAGCCGCCGUCGAGUGCCAAGUCAGCUACAUCAGGUGGCGGCAAAUCCACGCCCGGCUCUGCACCGGCGCGCGAACAGUCUUCGUCCGCGCCGCCAGGUGGUCAAGCGCAGAGCGCGGGUCCCGGAGCAUCCAGAGAGGGCGGCGGUGGUCAAGAAGCGCCGCAAAUCGAGAUCUUCAAGAGCUUCAAGGUAUCACUAGAAGAUCCCUGCUGGAAAGUGCUGCCCGCCGCGCUAAACAAGUACAACAUCCACGCAGACUGGCGACAUUAUGCGUUAUACAUCGUAUACGGGGAUCAAGAGCGGAGUGUCGGGCUAGAUGAAAAGCCGCUAGCGCUGUUCAAGGACCUAGAUCGGGAGGGGAAGAAACCAAUGUUCAUGCUGCGGAAGUUGGCAAACCCGAUCGUGACAGGGCCAGGAAUGGGAGGCGGGACUCUGCCGGACAGUGGCGGCGGUCGGUCCGGCGCGAUAAGCAGCGCGGCGAGCGUGCGGACGAUGGGGGCGAGCCUGAGGGAUCCGCCUGGCGGGGUGAUAUGA